GGGAUUUGGGGAUUGGGUUUCGUUCGCAGUGUUCUGUUUUGUGCCUGGUCGUUGUUUUUACUUAAUGGAAAGUCGCCCAGUUUGCCUGUGCCUCUCUUCCGGGAAAAUGCGCUUUUUGUUCUUUGAAUGAGAGCAACCGAAAAUGGCUUCGAUUUGGACCCUUCAGCUUCAUAGUGUUUCUUUUCAGCAUCUAAUUUCGCCAAGCCUAAUAGAACCAAGAGCUAGAUUGUGGCUCGACCAGAGCUACAAAAGAUUGAAAAUAAACCACACUUUUAAAAAGAUCGAGUUGAGAGCUGCACGUGGUCCAGUGAUUAGUGAUUUUGGCAAGCAACUGCGGGAGGAAAGCAACCUAGUCGAAUCUAAGAAUGAGAAUUUACUAAAUCCAACCAUUGUGGUUACUAAAUUGCAAGUGACUGAAUCCUCUUUUCCUCCUAUUGUGUCCUUGAUGAAAAAGUAUCCAGGUGCUGGUUUUGCAAUUGGUCUAUUUUUCAUAGCAACAUGCCUUCUUAUUGCUGUGAGAAAUCAUAGGAUUAGCACACCAAGAAAUGUCACCCCUGGCACGGUGUCUGAUCUUGUUAGGCGUGGUCAGUUGAGAUCUGAUAGAAGAGGCAUCAGUAGUCCUCUGAAGUAUGAAGACCCUUUUAAUAACCCAAUGGUGAAGAUCAGUAAGAACAAUUCAACUGUUGAGAUGUGUGGAAAAGUAUACCGAUUAGUGCCAGUGACUCUUACAAGGGAGCAACAAGCUAUACAUCAGAAGAGGAGGUCACAUGCCUAUCAAUGGAGGAGGCCGUCACUGUUUCUUAGAGAAGGUGACUCAAUACCUCCUGAUGUAGACCCGGAUACUAUCAGGUGGAUUCCAACAAAUCACCCUUUUGCAACCACAGAAAGUGAUAUUGAUGAAGACCUGGCUCAAAAUAAUGUUUAUCAAAAGCAUGGUGUUCCAUUUCGGAUCCAGGCAGAGCAUGAAGCUCUACAGAAAAAGCUUGAGGCGCUUCAGCAUGAUCAAAAUGUGAACAAACUAGUAAUAGAUCCUGCAAGCGCCAAAGACUUGGAGGGGCCAUUUAAAACACGGCUGAAGUCGGAGGAUCAAAAUGAAAGAAUGUGAAUCUAGCUAUUCUGAAUCAAAAUCUGGCUGUGGUUCCGUCUAAAACGAACAAGCUGCUGGCAACGUGUGGAAACCUCAAACACGGCGUUUGACUGCAAAUAUGAGAGAUUUGGUUUGAAGCUUAUGGGUAAAACCUUGUGUAUCCUGUGUAUGGAACUAUGAAUUAAUGACAAUUAAAGGUGGUUUAUCCCAUUGCUGAACUUUUGUUAUUUCAGUGAGUCUGUGAGCGGUUUGUUAAUAUUGGAAUUGGCUAAAUUAACUUCACAAGUUCACAUGUAAAUUUUUUAUGCACAAUAUAUUUUAUUAAUAAAAUGAAAAAAAUGUAUAUGA